GUCAACGGUAACCAACUCUCUCUCUCCCUAAAACGGAGGAAGAGAAUCUAAUUGGUAAACAGCUCUGUUUCACGGUCAGAAACAGGGACUCUUGUGCUCGAAAACUGAGGAAGAGAGUUGGAAAAUGAAAUCCGAGACUCUGACGCUGGUGCUGGUGAAUCUGGCGAGUAUUAUGGAGAGGGCCGACGAGUCACUGCUGCCCGGGGUUUACAAGGAGGUCGGGGCCGCUCUUCACACCGACCCUACUGGGCUGGGUUCCCUCACUCUGUUUCGAUCCAUAGUUCAGUCCUCUUGUUACCCACUCGCCGCUUACCUUGGUAUGCAUUACAACCGUGCCCACGUCAUUGCUCUCGGCGCUUUUCUCUGGGCCGCCGCCACCUUUCUCGUUGCCAUCUCCUCCACCUUCUUCCAGGUGGCAGUUUCAAGAGGUUUAAAUGGGAUUGGACUUGCCAUAGUGACGCCUGCUAUUCAGUCCCUUGUUGCUGACUCAACUGAGGAUAGCAACCGUGGUACUGCCUUUGGAUGGCUACAAUUAACAGGAAACUUUGGCUCCAUAAUUGGUGGGUUGUGUUCUGUAUUGUUAGCAUCGACAUCAUUCAUGGGCAUCCCUGGUUGGAGAAUUUCUUUCCAUCUGGUUGGACUAAUAAGUGUCGUAGUAGGAAUUUUGGUCCGCCUUUUUGCCAAGGACCCAAACUUUUCUGACACUAAUAGAGCUCAAGAUCGAACUCAACGUAAGCCUUUUUGGUCAGAAAUUAAAGACCUAAUUAAAGAAGCAAAGUCUGUGAUGAAAAUCCCAUCUUUCCAGAUAAUUGUGGCUCAAGGUGUCUCUGGAUCAUUCCCCUGGUCAGCCUUGUCUUUUGCCACUAUGUGGUUAGAGCUUAUAGGCUUCUCCCAUAAAACAACAGCAUUCCUUUGGAUGCUCUUUAUAAUUGCCGGUUCACUUGGAGGUCUGUUUGGAGGGAAAAUGGGAGACUUGCUUGCGAAACGCUUUCCUAAUUCAGGGAGAAUAAUCCUUUCACAGAUAAGCUCAGGUUCUGCCAUUCCUUUGGCGGCCAUAUUGCUGCUGGCAUUACCUGAUGAUCCAUCCACGGCAUUCAUGCACGGGCUGGUCUUGUUCAUUAUGGGAUUGAGCAUAUCCUGGAAUGCUCCAGCAACUAACAAUCCCAUAUUUGCAGAAAUAGUACCUGAGAAGUCUCGAACGAGCAUCUAUGCUUUGGAUCGAUCUUUUGAGUCCAUAUUAGCUUCAUUUGCUCCCCCUAUAGUUGGGAUUUUGGCUCAGCAUGUUUAUGGUUAUAAACCAGUUCCAAAAGGAUUACCAGAUGCUGAAGAGAUAGAAACAGAUAGAGAGAAUGCCAUGGCACUUGCCAAAGCGCUCUAUACAGCAAUUGGUGUACCAAUGGCGAUAUGUUGCUUCAUCUACUCCUUCCUUUAUUGCACAUACCCAAGAGACAGGGAACGGGCAAGAAUGCAGGAGUUAAUAGAGUUGGAAAUGCAACAGUUAGAGGAAGAUAAUCCCCCUUCAAGAGAAGAGUACUCUGAAAUUCAUGUUUCAGAAACAAAAGAGCUGAAUAAGGAAACAAGUGACAUCAACACAGAUUUCAGAGGAGAUGAAGGUCUUGAUUUGGACGAUAAUGAUGAGAAGUAUUUGCUUUCACAUCAACUAACAUUCUCAAAAAUGGGAGAAUAAUAAAUCAGUUGAAUCAAAAGCUGAUUCAAAUGAUGAAGAAGCUUCACCAAUACACUACGUCCAUUACGGUUCUCAGUUGAUGGAGAUCCGUUCAAGUUCACAAGCAAGAGACAUUUGCAUGUCAUAAUCACUCGUGGGUUAAUUUGGGAGAUCACUGGGUAUUUAAGAAACAGUAAGUACAGUGGCGAAUAUGUCAUUGGUUUAACUUUAUGAUCUCAAUCUCAUGACUAUACUGUCUUUUUUUUUUUUUUUCCUUGUAAUACUCAUCCAUGUCAUUGUAGUUAUUGAUGAGGAAAUUAUCUUUAUACAGAUUCAAAACACAUUUUGAAUCGCAAGGUUUGGCGCAGAUUGUAGUCGUUUUUACUCUUGUGACAUAAGAUGUGAAGUUUUUACUCUUCU